AGCGGAGCCCAGACCACAACGCAGCCACGGAAUGGGAGUCCGCUGCAGGAGCAAAUCCUCCUAGAGACGGAGGCUCAGAGGAGGCAGCGGUCACUGUGCAGCAUCAGCAGCACUGUUUCCAACAUACAGAGAUUUAAGAUGAUCGACAGUCAGCUGUCAGCACAGAGGAGGGCGAUGAGGAGCCUUCCUGGAGACGGCGGCCUGCAGAAGACCAGCACCUACAUCGUGCCCUGUUUCCUCUUUGUGGAGCUGGUCAUCAUGGCAGGGACCGUUCUGUUGGCGUACUACUUUGAGUACACGGACACGUUCCCCGUGCACAUCCAGGGCUUCUUCUGUUUCGACAAAGCCUAUUCCAAGCCGUACCCAGGACCAGAGGACAACAGCAAGGCGCCGCCUGUCCUCGUCUACUCCCUUGUCACCGCCAUCCCCACUGUGACGAUUCUGAUUGGGGAAGUGACCAGUUUCUUUGUGAAGACGGAGGGAGCUCAGGAGAAGACCAUAGUGACCGCCGACUGCUGUUAUUUCAACCCUCUCCUCCGGAGGAUCGUACGCUUUCUGGGUGUCUACUCCUUCGGCCUCUUCACCACCACCAUCUUUGCCAAUGCAGGUCAGGUGGUGACAGGAAACCAGACGCCUCACUUCCUGUCCGCCUGCAGGCCAAACUACACAGCUCUGGGCUGCCAGUCUCCGCUGCAGUACAUCGCAGAGCGCCGAGCCUGCACAGGAAACCCGUACCUGGUGGUGUCUGCCCGCAAAUCCUUCCCCUCCAAAGACGCAGCGCUCAGCUUUUAUUCAGCCAUCUACACAGUGAUGUACGUGACCCUGGUGUUCCGGACCAAAGGGACCCGUCUGACCAAGCCCACCUUGUGCCUGGUGCUGCUGUCUCUGGCCGUGCUGGUGGGGGUGGUGAGGGUGACUGAGCACAGAAACCACUGGAACGAUGUCCUGGCUGGGUUCGUCACCGGAGGGGCCAUCGCUGCCUUCCUGGUGUCAUGUGUGAUCAACAAUUUCCAGCAAACACAGAGAGCAGUGGCGACUCCUCCACCUCCACAGCGCACAGAGCCCCCGAUCGGGCUUCCUCUCCUCACUCUGCCCCGUGUGGAGAGUCCACUCGAAAAGCUCCAGGGCUACCGUAUUCUGAGAUCACAUGACCAUCAGCCAAUCCCGUCCCCCGCCCCUCCCGAUGUGCUCCUCCCCUCACGGCGUUGCCUCACCAGCGCAGUCUAGACCUGCCCACCGAAUGCCCCCCGCCCUGCCCCGCCCACCCCGCUGGACGACAUCCUCUCAGACGAGUCAAAUCCACGCAGGUCUGACGCUCCACCAAUCACAGGAGGCAGAACAGCAACACGCGCACACGGCAAGCAUGGCAGAAAGCUGUCAUCCGCUAAGGACCAAUAGGACAUGGAAACAUGUCUUUCUGUCCUGUUCUGCCCUGUUUUUCCUCCAAGAUGGCCUCCUUUUUCUUUCAGGUGUGAAAGAAUCGCCAAAGCCAGAGCUGUUGAAGCAAUACUGUGUCCUAUUUCCCUGUCCUGUUUUCCACAAAGACCCAACAGUGACUCUAAAGACUGUUGGCUGGUGAUGACUUGACAAAACACUUUGGUUUGGGGAUUGAAGAAAAUUCCAGUCACCGGUGGAUUGUCCUCAACAGACCAUUUUGCAACACUCAGGACAAUACAAUGGAAAAAAAGGGACAAGAUUUAAAAACAAAGACCUUUAUGUAAUCAGGUACCGUCUAGUAUUAUGGUACAGAUUUUUAUUUCUGUCCUCGAAAAUAACAAGAGACGUAAUCAAAGAGGAAAGCACCUUUGUAAAUUAUAGCACAGAUGAACCGACCCGGCGUCCAGUAGACUGUGUUGUAUCUUAUUUGUUUUAGGGGAUUGUGGGUUUAGUCUCUUGGUGUAUAUUGUGUGAAGUGAAAGAAGAGAGAUUUAUACAUGCUAGAGCUGUGCUUGUGAUACCACGUUUCUUUUGGGGGCAUCAGUUAAUUCAUCCCUGAGGUGAACUGAACUAGAUUUCCAUCAACUUUCCAAAUAUCUUUUAUCUACUUGCUAUU